GCUUUGAUUGCGGAAGUGUACAGAUGCUGUAGGCGCAACCCACCGUAGCAAUCUGGUUUGGGACUCUGUAAUUUGAUCGCAUUUGAUCCAGCUGUAUGUAGGCCUCUGGAAAUACAGUUUACAGCUCGAUCGGUGUUCCAGGUUGAGCUGCCGUGAUGCCAGACCACACUGACGUCAGUCUGCAGCCGGAGGAGCGAGUCAGAGCGCUGACCAAAAAGGGCAGUUCAGUGGAGGUGAAUGACGAUGUUCCCCCACGCCGCUACUUCCGUUCUGGCAUGGAAAUGAUCCGUAUGGCGAACGUGUACACAGAGGAGGGCAACAUAGAGCAUGCCUUCGUCCUUUAUAAUAAAUACAUAACACUCUUUAUAGAAAAACUUCCCAAACAUCGGGAUUACAAAACGGCUAACAUCCCAGAGAAGAAAGACACACUAAAGAAACUGAAGGAUAUUGCAUUUCCUCAAGCAGAGAUUCUGAAAAAAGCUCUUUUGAGGAGAUAUGAGCAAGAUUAUGCACAGUAUCUUGUCAAAAAGAAAGAGGAGGAUGAGGCCCUGGCACGGGAGCAGUCCAGGCAGCGAGCUCUUGAUGCCGAGCGGGAACGUGUGGCGGAGAUGCAGCGGCGGCAGCGGGAGCAGGAGCAGUUCAGUGCCUUUGAGGAGAUGAUCCGCCGCCAGGAGCUGGAGAAGGAGCGGCAGCGUGUGCUCCUGGAGUUUGCCACACCUGUCACACCUUCCCCAGAUGCACCACUUAUCCCAGGCAUCCAAGGCCCCUCGUUGGUGUCCCCCUCAGCUCCACAGAGCCCAGGUGACCUCUCCAGCAACCACCAGUACCCCCGCCCUCCUGCAACGAGUGGCCCGCCCAGCUUCGACCGCUCGCUGAAGCCCGGCUCCCUGGUCAGCCCAGGGAACAACAAUACGAUGGUGGAUGCCCUUCGGCAGUUGGCUGUACCUGCUGAGCUGUGCCGGAGCUUUCUGAGGUUGGCUGAGGCCAACACAAGUCGAGCUGUAGAAACUUGUGGCAUCCUGUGUGGCAAACUGACUAGAAAUGCAUUCACAGUGACCCAUGUGAUCGUACCAAAGCAGUGUGGUGGACCGGACUAUUGUGACACAGAAAAUGAGGAGGAACUCUUCCUCAUCCAGGACCAGUACGAUCUCAUUACCCUGGGCUGGAUACAUACUCACCCUACACAGACAGCCUUCCUGUCCAGUGUAGACCUUCAUACACACUGUUCCUAUCAGAUGAUGCUGCCGGAGGCUAUCGCUAUUGUCUGCUCGCCCAAGUUCAAUGAAAUCGGCUACUUCAGGUUGACAGAUCGAGGAACAGAGGAGAUCUCUACAUGUAAACAGAAAGGUUUUCACCCUCACAGCAAAGACCCCCCUCUAUUUACACAUGCGGCACAUGUGACCAUCACAGACAACACUGUGUCCAUGAUGGAUUUGCGGUGAUUUUUUCCCCCCACCAAAACACUCACAGACUGUUUUAUCAAGCUGCAGACAUUUUACUGAAGAAAACACUCGUGUUGUUUUUCUAAGGACGGUACUGAGCAAACACCCGCCACGUGUUUACCAUUUGUAUGGACUUCAAUUGUUCUCAAAGGGAACAAUAUUGUGAACUUUUUAUUUCUUGCUCUUUAUGAAAAAAAAAGAAAUUGGUAUAUUAUUGCACUUUCCAGGCAAACAACUUCUAUCCGCUUCAUUGACCUCUGGCUGUUCAACCCCUCUGUCUCCGUCAUUGUGUGCUCAUGUUCCUUUCUGUUCUUCGUUUUUGCCUUUGUAAUAAAGUUAUGGACAUUUGUGUGACAUAUCUGGUAACCUAACCUUUGUUUCAAUAUUGUCAUCAACGUUUGGUUCUGCCUGACUGAAUAAGUGCCAAGGAAGAAAAAAAUCACCUGUUUUUUGUUGUUGUUUUUGUCAUUCAUUGUGCAUAAUGAAGUUCAGUGUGAAGUCUUUGUUGUUCCGUUCACUUGUGUUCCCCUCAUAAGCUGUUGAAGUGCUCUGAGUGACGAAAGAAAAAAACAGCCAGUUGUAACUCAGGUAUGCAGGCAGAGUUGCUGCUCUGUAUUAUAUUUUUAUAUUCAAACACUCUCAUUCUAUAGCAUCCUCUAUCCAUAAAGGGUUUUGUUGAAGUUUAAUCCCUACUUAUGAUUGAUACAACACUUGUGUGUUUUAAUUUCUUUGAUCUUUUUUGUGUUUCGGGGGGAGGUGGGCUGGUUAAACCUUUAAAAAGUGCCCAUGUUUCAGAGAGGACAUGAGUGCAACAGGAAUCUGAAUGUACCUUCUACUACACGUUUCUAACUGCCCGGCCAUGUUUUAUGCCUCUAACCAUUUCUGUUUGCUCCCUUCUCUUGUUAGAAGAAGUAAAUGAUUAGCCAUAUAUGUGAGAAUACCUUCAAAAUGCCAAGAAAAAUAAACUUAUUGUAGAUCAA